GAGAAAUGGAAACGUCGCUCAUCCCUAGCUUCUGCGCGUGUUUCAAUGGCUGUAAAAGCGAAAAAUAUUGCUAAAAAGUUGUUUUUCUCACGUAAUUCGAGCGUAUUCGCCUGCAGUUUUAAGCAAUACGCGGGCUACAUACAAUACUCAAAGUGUUGCACACAAUACGCUUUGGAAAGGAAAGCGAACAAACUGAGCAAAAUAUAAAAUGCGCAGCGUGGUCGGCGACGUGCAAAAAGAGAAGAAAAUUUUAUACCUCGUUACCGAGAAAAGCAUAAAGGCAAAAAGUGGGGAUUGUGCCAGAGAAUUGAUCACUAUUGUGAAAUAAUAUUGCGCAACGCGUUAAAAGUCCUGGUUUGUUAUUAAACAAUUGAAACCAAGCGCAAAUUGUAUAAGCACAGCCCGUCUGGGGCGCGCAGGGACGAGCACUCUGAGGAGGCGUGGGGGUGCGUUCUUGUUCAGUCUCGGCCAAUCCGCUGGGCAAAUCUCUCGGUUUCGGUCUCUUGGUUCAGUUGUGCAGCGAACUUCCGUGAAAUCGGGUUGUUGUUUUGGUACGUUCUCUUUGUGGUUUGCGCGCGUAAAAUCAUCUCCUUUGGCCGUCUCUCUCGCCGCCGUUCUCUCUCGCUCUUGUUCGUCUCUCACCCGCGCUUUGUGGGAAAAUUCUACCUAAGCACGGUACAGCAACAACAACAAUCGAAAAAAAAAAAAACGACAACAGCAGCGGCAGCAAGAACAACAAGAAGCACCGCUGUCACAGGAGGAGAGGAGGAGGAGCAGUCGUGCUGAGAACGCUACGGAAAUCACUGAGAGAAAGAGCGAGAACCGGAACGGAUUCAACGCAAACGGCAUGCAAAGCGUGUGAAUGCAGAAAAUAUGAUGGAAGCAUUGGAUCAGCAACAAACCAAGCUAACGUCUACAAAAGAUGCUGGAGACGCGGGAACAGGAGAUGAGACCGGAGCUCGGUCAGGAGCUGGAGCUACAACUGGAGCGGGUACUGCCUGCAGUGAGGAAGAUGACUUCGAGGAACCUCUUCCUGCGCUGGGCCUGGAGGAGGAGAAGGAAACCGCUAACGAAAACAACAAUGCCGCUACCGAUGGAAUUCGGAAAAAGAGUGGAGAUGACGUGAUAGACUUUAACCUGGCAAAUGGCCAGAGAGGCAGCGAUAGACAUGAUUUAAGAGAUGGGGCUGAGGAUGAUGCCGAAGCAUCCGUUAUGGAAGAGGCCGAUGCAUUAAAUGAAUCUCCUGUCCAUUUUGAGCAAGAUAAAUAUCAUGGAAGCAAAACAGAAGCAUCUCUCGUUGAAGAGCAGGUUGAUAAUGCCCGAGACGAGCUCCCAGAAAACCCUGCAAAAUCCAUAGAGGAUGAAAGCUUGCCGGAUGUCACUGAAAAGGCUGAAGUGACUCCCCCACCUGUAAUAGAUCUGGAAACGGACUCUGAGAGUGGUGCAGAAGAUGAGUUUCUCUCUCUUAAAGAUCCUAAGAGCCCAGCUCCAGCGAGUGAAAAAGAAGUGAAAAAGGCGGAGGAGGAAGAGUCUCAGGCCUCAAGUGAACUUUAUAAAGAUCCAGUUGGAGAUGGGGUUUCUACAGUAAACCGAGACAUGGAUGUGGUUCAAGAAAAAACACUGCAACCCACAGGAGAGGAAGGGGAAUCGGACACUGUGGACUCUCCCUCAUUGACCAUGGAUUUGGAUCACGUUGAUUUACCAAGCAGUGAAAAUGGGGAUGCGCAACCCGGAGCCAUUAAGCUUGAGUCCGAGUCGGAAGAGGAACAUCUUGGUGAGAGCGGAAAGUCAAAGAGUACUGCUCCUGCUGCUGUCGUGCCGCCGAUCAAACUGAACGGAGCCCAUCAGACUGCAAAAGAAGGACUCAAGGAUGAGGAAACUGAGGAUGCCGAGGAGCUUCUACAGGAAAGAAAUGAACUGGAGCCAGAAGAGCCCCAACAACUGUCUGUGAUAACAAACCACACUGGCAUCAGCGUUGAUGCAAAGCCGACAGCCGCUCCGCAGCAGUUGUCCCUCUCUCGGGUCCUACCCAUUCGUAGGAGCCGCAGCAGGAGCACCAGCUGCGGGAGCAGCACUAUUAGCUCCGCUUCGCAGCCCCAGUUGGUUAUUGAUCAUCCGGAAACUGAUCAGAGUGCCAGGGUGCCAACGCUAAGGCUUUCCAUGAAGCGCAGGCGCAGCAAAAGUUCCUCCAUCAGUCAGCACGACCUGGCAGAGCAGCAGCAGCAGCCCAAGGAAGAAUCAGACGGCUCAUCGUCGCUACUCUUGCAACGCCUCCAGGGCAAUCCCAAUGUGGGUCCAUCGGUCGCACCCGCGAAUAGCCAAUUUCUUAACUGUGCCAAGUGCAAUGGGCAGUUUGAAUUCGAAAGUUUUCAGCAGCUAAACGAGCAUCAAGCCCAUUGUCAAGGUCCAGCUAGCAGCGUCAGUACAGGCAACUCGAAGGUUCAAAUGAACAAGGAGCGGUUCUUUCGGUGCAGACAGUGCAAAAGUGUUUUUCAGUGUUGGAACUUCUUCAAGCACAUGCGGGACGCGCAUCAGCUUGCCUUCUGUAUGUACUGCUCACACGUUUUUCACAGUGCCGAGAAGCUGUCGCUGCAUCUGGAGAACAAGCACGAUAUAGAUCAGCGCCAUUUUGAAAAGCAAGCGUGGAUGCUGCAGCGGGAACAGAGAGAUCGGGCCUCACAUUUCAUCUGUUGCACGUGCCAGUCAACUUUCCUCGAGGGCACUGGGUUCGAGACCCACGACUGCUUGCAGUUUAUACAGCCAUGCACUCUGUGUGGCCAAAAAGGCGGUCAUGCGGUCGGGUGUCGGAAUAAUAAACGAAAGCCGCCCAAGAGGCGCAGAAAACUGCGUAAGCCGCCAGAACCGUCUGCCCCACCACUUGUGCAGAACCACGUUGUCCAUCCGGAACCGGUGAUGGAUCAGCAACCGCAGAAGUUUUACCAAGCGGAGAACAUUCCAACGCCUGGGCCCGUCGCUGAGGCUCCAGCGCCUUCCAGUCCCAAAUUGGUGGUGCCCAAGAUUAUGCUGCGGGUACCUAAGGAGUUCCAGAAGUCUGUGGAUGCUGCCCUAAGCAGCACUGACACAGAAGAGGAGGAGAUGGACGUUUCGCAACCGGCAGAGGAAACUGCCCCAGCACCGUCCGAGGAUGUGCCAAUGAAAGCAGCACUGCUGGAGGAUUUGGCAACAGAAGCUGCACCAACGGAACCACAGGCAUCGGAACCACCACCAAUAUUCAGCUUUGAUGACUCGCCCGCGGCCAAGCUGAAUCGAGUUCUGGCCGAAUUGGAGCGCACCAAGCUGGACAUUGAGCGUACCAAGGCGGAUAUUAUAACAAAGAAGCAAGCCAAGGCAAUUUUGGCCCAAGCCGAGGAGAAUAUGAUAGCUCAAGCGGCGGACGCUCAUCUUCAGCAGCAGCCACAACCGGAGGAGCAGCGUCGUUGGUCGCUGACGCCGCCUGCAUCGCCCCACAACAACACCAACAAUCAUAUGAACCUACCCCAACCACCGCCGCCAGCUGUGAUCACUGAAUUUCAAGAUCAACCCGAUGCAGAGCGUCGCAACAGCCUCGGCAGUGAUUGCAUGGACAUAGAUGACACCUUGAAUGGUCCGACUUUUGAAGAUAAUAGCGAGCAGCAGGUGGAAAAGUUACAGGAAUCGUUGAUACGUCCUCAAACUCUUCAGGAAGGUCAGGAAAGUCAGACGCAACCUAUUUUACAGCCAUCUCUGCCUCUGCCUCCACCGCCUCCUCUUCCUCCGGCCGAUGGCAUAUUGGUAGCUGGAGUUGAGACGCCAACGGUGGAUUUGCAAUUGGAUCGUCCUCUGGACCGAUUCUCAAUGGUGGACUUUGUGCGCUUGUGCUUAAAAUCGGUGUAUUCCGGGUGUCUGUACUGCAACCAUGCACGGCGGAUCGCGGUGAACGGAAAGCAGCUGGUGCUGCACCUGAUCAGUCAGCACCGCUUUACGGCGACGGUGGACAGCAUUACGGCCGAGGAGCUGUAUGCUGAGACGAUUGUGGCCCGGCUGAAGAGCUUUCUGCCCCAUCUUGAGCAGGAGUACUUAAACUCGGCCAGUUGCUGCAGUGUUGAAAACGGCAUGUAUGCGGAGCACUUCAACGAGCGGAUCUACGAGUGCUUCACCUGUCGAUUCGUAACCUCUACACACAAGGAGCUGUACACGCACAAUCGGAGGCUGCACAUCAAGUCGAACAUUACGUGCGUCAUGUGCCAGAUGAACUUCUACAGCUAUAGCGAGAUCUUGUGUCACAUUUGUCCCGGCGAGGUGGGUGGCAGUAUCUAUGAUUUAAAGUUCAGAUGCUGUCUCUGCGAGGUGGCGCCCCUGCCCUCCGCUUUCCGGUUGAUGGUGCACCUGAGAAAGCAACACCAAGCGUGCGACAUCUGCCUUGAAGAUUGCCAGAGCCAGUCUAAGCUAUCGGCGCAUGUGUGGAAGCACAAGCUGUUGCAUUUGUGCUAUCGCUGUGGCAUUGCCUACAGGAACAAGCAGGACAUCUCGAAGCAUCUGUUCUGGAAGCACGGAACCGAGAGUGCCAGCUGCAAGAGGUGCCUACAAAAGCGCUGGCGCCAUGUCUAUCACUUUUGCGUGCCCCCCGUGCAGUUUCCAUGCGAGCAGUGCGGCUUUAAUUUUAGCAAGGCCAUUUACCUGGAGGUCCACCAGCGUAUGCACUCAGGCGACUUCCGUUACGCCUGCGCCGAGGAGGGAUGCGAGGAGAAGUUUGUGUCGCGUAAACUGCUCUUGAAUCACGCCAGCAGUCACGUGGUAAAGGAACUACCACAAGAGGCUUUGAUGGCGCCGACGGAUGAAGAUUCUGCUGGUAGCAAAAAGCUGGAGGAGACGAUAAAGAAGGAGUCGGGAGAGGAGGGCGAGGAAUUACAGGAUGGAAAGCCGGCGGAGGGAAAACCUGUGGAUACCGAAAACAAGGAGUCGCUGAAAGAGACCACCGACAGCAAGUCGGAGAACCGUAAGCGGCGUAAGAAAUCCAAACGCAGCAAGGAAUCACUCGAGGACCUCAAUCUUAUCGCACCCAAUCUCUCGGAGUCUGACAGCAGCGAUGAUAGUGACUCGGAUGCUCCGCGAAGCAGCCAGCAUGAGCAACCAGCAACGUUGCCAAUGCGAUCCUCUGUGGAUGACCUGGAUAUGCCGAAGGUGAUGCUGUCACCAUCAUCUGAAAGUGACGCCGACGAGACGAUGGAUGGCAAGCCCAAACUGGAGGACAAGGAGCAACUAGUUGAAAACGUUCAAAAAGAAGAGAAAGACAAGCAGGAUGAACCUAAGACCGAAGGAGAAGGCGACUCCAAAAAGGCACAGGAAGAGGAAAUGGAUGUCUCCAUUUGGAAAAACCUCCUGCAGAACCAGGCAGCCAUUCCCGAAGAGACGGCCGCUGUUAAGGAAGAAGAAAUUGACCCCAACAUUCUCAACCACGCGCCAGCCAAAAUCCAUGUGGCCUGGUCGGAUCACGACUACUGCAAGCUGCACCGCACUCCUCCACCCUCGCCCGUCAAGCCGAAGUCCACUCCGAAAUCGGCUACCAAAAGGUCUGGCGGUGGACAUGCCUCCAGCGAUAGCGACUCUUCAAGCUGCUCUAGCUCUUCCGACUCUGAUUCUUCGAGCUGCUCAUGCGGCACCAAUUGCAGCUGCAGUUCCAGCAACAGCAGCAGCUCCAGCGAUGACUCGGACGAUUCGGAUAGCUCCAACAAUGCUGCUGGCUCUCCGCAAAAGCGUGCGCGCAAAAAGUCCCUGAAGCAUAAAAAGAGCGGCGAGUCCCUAACGCGGGGUGAGGUAUCUGAGCGAGGUCAGGAGGACAUGGAAAUCAAUGUGACGGCCUUGAAUGACGAUAAUCCAGCCCCUCCGCCAUCACCACAGCCGCCGAUUUAUAAUGAGUCAGACUUUGAUACUGCGUUUUCGGAAACGGAUGAAGAGUUCUAUGAUCCGCAUCCCCAGAAACUGGCCAACGAGCUGCUAACGCAAAAGCGCGAAGCUCUCCUUGCUGAGCAUGCACCCCUGGGACCGAGCAACAAUUACGAUAUUGUGGAGAAUAGUCGCCCGUCCACACCAUCACUUCCGGAGGAGGCGCUUGCGUUUGCCGAUAAGCGGGAAAGGGUGAAGAAUAAGAAAAAGAAAAGAGAGCGAAAAUCUACGUGCAAGUCGGGCAAGAUGCCACCGAUGAUAGCCAGCACGCCGCUGCCCAUGGAUGUGAUGCCGGGAGUGUCUAAAAUGUCCGGGAUGUUAUCGAUGUCCGGUAUGGUGGCGCCAUUGGAGCCACCCACUCCAGUACCGGCUCACCAGCAGGAUUCGCCUCUGUUUCCCGUUACUCCCCUAACCCAUCGCCACCUACAACCCUCGGUCACGCCGAGGAGUGAAGGCAGCAGCUGCUCGGAUGCCGAUGGCCAACUUAAGCGCUCCAAGCGCCAGCGAAGACCUAACAAGUUCUACGGCUACACGAGCGACGAUGAGAACAUGAGCACCAUAUUAGCGCCGCCGUUGCAGGUUGGAAUGCAGCUAAUUAAGCCGCAGCCGCCGCCACAGUUAACCUGGGCCAAGGAGGACUUGCCCACGCCGCCCAAACAGCGCAGCAGAAAUAACAACAACAGUAACCAUCACCACUCUCACUCCCAUAGCAACGGUGGAACCCCGCUGGCAGGAUCUUCCCGAAAGAGGAGCAAGCAGCGGUCGCUGCUUGGAGCCAGCGGAUCAAGACCAGCAAAACGUCACAAGCCGGAUAGAGAAGAUCAUUUGCCCCCCAUUCCAACCCUCAAAAUUCGUCCCAGUUUACUGCCCGCGGCUCCGCCAACGGACAGCAGUGACAGCAGCUCAGACGAUGAAGAUGUCGAGGUCAAUGUGACCAGCUUGGUGUCAACCCCGCAACCAGCACCAUUAUCCGCUGGGUUGUUAGCGCCACCAGUGGUGACUCUUCCGGUGCAGCCACCACCGCCGCCGACACCAGCGGCCACGGCCUUCAAUCAACCCAUUCCGCCUGCCCUGCUGCCCAAUCCUGGAUUUGCCACGCUGCAGUAUUUCAAGGCCAACAACAUUCGGUACCCUAUUCGGCCACCAGCUGGUGCACGUCUCGCCCGCGAGGGUGAAUCGGUGUACUGCUACUGUCGCUGCCCCUACGACGAGGUGUCCGAGAUGAUUGCCUGCGACGGAGACAAUUGUCUGAUCGAGUGGUUCCACUUUGAGUGUGUGGGCAUAAUGGUGGCGCCGCAGGGCAAGUGGUUCUGUGCCGAAUGUCGGCCCAAGUACUCUGAGGGCUCCUACCAGGGCGCGAAUCCCCAGUGAAUCUGGGGCUGGCACUGACGACAUCCUAGGUUCCUCAUCACAACAACCACAAACAAUAAUCAACUAUAACUACAACAAACCCCACUACAGAAUGGAUUACGCUUAUUAAUUGAUAAAAGAACAUGUAGUCGCUUGUUCCCGGUAAUCAGCUAGGAACAAGAUUUAACUUAAUCUAAAAAUACUUAAAAAAAACCCCCUCUAUAUAUAUAUAUAUAUAUAUAUAGAUAUAUAUUUAUAAAUUACGUAUAUGUAAAGAUCGAAGAAGAUGAUUGUGUAAACCCAGGCUCAAAGAUGCUCUCCACGGAGGGAGCCUAAGCUAAGCUAAUGCUAAUUCAUAUAUCUGCAACAAGCUUAUAUAUAAUAUAUUAUAUAUAUAUAUAUCUACUUCGAUAACAUUGUAUAUAAAUAUAGAGAUGUGUAAAAUAGUUAGAGUACGCGGGAGAACCCAUAAAAAACUUAGGCAUUAAGGGCCAUCACUUAUACAUAGUAGUCCCCAAACAUAGAUCUUAACUAAAUCUACAUAUAAAAAAUAUACAUGACUAUGAUUAGAUACAAAAACCACAAUCGAAAAUUAACUGCAAAUCUGAAUGCAAUCGAUUAUGAGAAAAAUAAACAACACGCAUCAAUGUGAGAGACGUAUACAAAAAAACACUAUCAAAACUAAUU